AUGGGUGAUUCAGAAGGAGGAGGAACUAGUAGUAGUAGUCAGAUUGAACCAGAUGAAGAAGGAUCUACACAAAAUAAUACAACUGUGAAUAUUCGUGUCAAGACUCUUUCUGAUCAAGAAUGUAUUAUUCCAAUCGGGUUACAUGUGAGUUGCAGUAUAAAAAUAAAAAUGUGAACACGUUUUUCGAAGUGGGCGUGGCCCAAAAUGCAACCGCCGCACAAUAUAUUUUUACCAAAGUCCAUGGGGCGCUGUCCUACCAAAUUCCAAUCGAGGGUAGCGCCCAAUGAAAUGAAGAAACUCACAAACAUUUCCGUCCAUUUUUUGUUGUCGCCCAAAGGAAAAAUAAUCGGAUUUUGAGCUAUUAGGAAUUGCGUCACGUUUCACGUGAAAAUUCUGAAUAAAUUUAGAAUUCUUUUUUUUAAAUUCCAAAUAUUGGUAAUUUUUUCUUGAAAUUUUGAAAACUUAGAAAUUAACGUGACCAACAAAGACACGUCAUAUUAUAAUUUCGCAAAUUAAAACAUUUUCAUGUUUUCAUUUUCCAGGAAACGGUUUCGGUGCUUCGUGAAAGAAUUCAUGAACAUCUUGGAAUUGAACCAUCCGAACAGCGAAUUAUAUUUCAAGGACGAGUUCUAGUAACAGAUCGAACACUUCAAUCCUAUAGUCUUCAAGAUGGUUAUACAGUUCAUAUGAUAGAUCGACCACCAGAAAGUUCGGAAUCAUUUUUGAAUACUCGUACAGGUGAAAGAGCUGCAAAUGGAGAACAUUCAAUUCGUCGACCAAGAGCUCGAGUUCAUUUACAACAAAAUGAUCCAACAGCAGCAGAUAGUUUAUUAAUGAGACAAUCAAUUGGUCAAAUUAUGCCAAGAUUGAAUAAUUUGACAAUUGAACAAGCUGACGGUGCUGAUGAAACAAUAAAUCGACAAGCGGGAAGAUUUACGUGGAGAUUGUUUUUAGAGGAUAAUGAAUUCUCAUUAAAUCGUGAACGAAUUGAAUUAUAUGUUCGAAAUUCUAUUGAAAAUCUUCCAUUUUUGACUGCAGAAGAUCGAAAUAGAUUUACAUUGAAUUGGGUAAACAAUGAAUUGAGAAUUGAUCUACCAAGAAUGUUAGUUUAUUUCGAAUUCAUUUUCCUCAUUAUUUUAUGUUUUCAGAGAUCCUCACGUGGCUUCUCCAGCUUUUGAACGUUUGGCGUUUGUUGAAUUAAAUGCGAAUUAUCUCAGAGUUUUCAACGAUAUUUGCCAGGUGAAUAUUGUUUUUCUGUUUGAAUAUAAUGUUGUAAAUAUUUAUAGGAACCUGAUGGACUUGUAACAAUUGUUCGACGAAUUUUGGAUAGACUUCAAGAUCCAGAAAAUGUUGAACGUAUGACAGCAAUAGAAAGACAUGAAUUUGGUCAGAGAUUAGAAGAUAUAAUUGUGAGAUUAGAAUCAAUAAAUUCAGUUUUGCCUUCGAAUAGAAGUAUUGGUUAGUUUUUUCCUGGUUUAAAAAUGUUUGUCAACGAAAAACUUUCAGAUGACACACGAAUUCGAAACUCGACUGAAGUUCAAAGGCAAUCAAGAUAUGAACGAAUUCCUGCAGAUCGAUCGAACCCAAGUUUUGUUAUGAGGUAGAAUUCAUAUAUUUUGGAACUUUCUAUCUUUAAUUUUUCAGACAUGCUAUUGAUUGCGAUUUAGCUCAAGUUUUACGAGAAUUUCGAAGACAACAAUCACGAUUUUUCGAAAUUGAAAGCCUUUUUAGAUGA